UCGAAAGGGUCAAAACUCAUCGCAUGACGAGCUGCUCCACGUCGAAUGUAGCAUCACAGCUUUUCAUCGAUAAUCGUCGGCCAAAAAGGUAAGAGGAUAAAGAAACCAAGAGAAGCGAGUGCGCCCUUCUAUCUCAUUCAUUUUUCCCCCACCCUUUUUUUUGGUUUCUCUCCACGUCCUCUCGUUGGAAUCGGACAUUCCGUGUUGGACCGCCCGCUCGACCAUAGCACGUCGGAAAUGGUUCGGACACAGGAAUGCGGAGGCUCGGAGGCGGGCAAGCGACGUGGUCGGAUCGUCAUCAUCGGUGGUGGCUCGGCCGCGUUCGCGGCGGCAACGGCGGCGGCGCCGCUGGCGGCCUCGGUCACGAUCGUCAACAAAGGCCUGCCAAUGGGCGGCUGUUGCGUGAAUGUAGGAUGUGUGCCUUCGAAAUUCCUCAUUCAAGCGGCCCGCUUCGGGGCUGCCUACUGCGUCCGGCCGCCGUAUCACGGCAUUUCGGAAGCUGCCGACCGCGUCGACAACUUUACCGCGCUCACAGCGCAGAACCGGGAGCUGACCGAGCGUCUUCGCCGAGAGAAGUACGCCGACGUGAUCGCGGGGCUGGACAACGUUCAGUAUGUCGAGGGCUUUGGGACGCUGGUCCGGAACGAAGGGCAGCUUGCAGUGGCCGUUCGAAAGCAUCGUUCGGACGGGAUUGUGGAUCAAGAACUCCCCGCCGAUCGAGUCAUCUUAGCGACGGGCGUGCACAACAGUCUGCCGGACGGGCUGGCCAAGGACCUGUCGGACGUCGGGUAUCUCACCAACGAAGAUGCGUACUUCCAGACCGCCCGUCCGGAGUCCCUUGUCGUGCUUGGAGGCGGAUAUGUAGCGGUUGAAGCCGCCCAGAUGUUCGCGCGGCUGGGCUCGCGCGUGACGCUCCUGCAGCGCUCCUCCACCAUCCUCUCACACUUGGACGACAGCAUCGGCACCGCGCUGGCCGGGUAUCUGGAGGAAGAAGGGAUCAAGGUCGUGUCGGGAUGCGACGUCAAGACCGUGACCAUGUCUAGGGACGGCCAGGUACUCGUUACCGCCGAGGCAGGCGGUCGCUCCCACUGCUUUGCGGCGUCCAAACUUUUCGUCGCGACGGGCCGCCGGGCGAACACGGCCCUCGUCUCGGACCUGCCCGUUCAACUUGCUGAGACGCCACACGGUGGGUUCGUUGUCUCGCCGACCUUGCAGACGUCUGUCCCCGACGUGUACGCGGCGGGCGACUGUGUCGCCGGGUCGCCGCAGUACGUGUACACGGCUGCUGCCGAAGGCAAACUGGCGGCGCUGAACGCGCUCGCGUCGCUCGACGGCAGAACCGAGGAGGCGAUGGACUAUUCGGUCGUCCCGUGGGUCGUUUUCACAUCUCCUGCCGUGGCGGGCGUGGGCCUCGACGUCCGUUCCGCGAGAGCCAGAGGCAUCGACGCGGACGCCUCGACACUCCCGCUGUCACUUCUCCCCCGGGCCAUCGCGCAGCAAGACACGCGAGGGUUCGUCACCCUUGUGCGCAACAGGAGCGACGACACGAUCAUCGGGGCCCUCGUUCUGGCCGAGGACGGCGGGGAACUUGUGAUGGAGGCGUCGUUUUGCGUGCGCUACAAGGUCAAAGUUUCAGACGUCGCGGCGAUGUACCAUCCGUACCUUACGUGGAACGAAGCCUGGAAACUGGCCGCGUUGGGUUUUGCAAAGAACGUCAAGCAGCUCAGUUGCUGCGCGACCUAAUGGUUGGCACUUGACCGUAGAUAAACGAUAGGACACGGAGGGUUGAGGGAAAGGUGCAGUCAAUCCAGCAUCUUCGGGGAUACGUUUCAACGAAUGUGACACGCAGGUACGCGGAAUGAAAAGCUAUUGUGUUGGGUAAGAUUCAAAUCCGGAGCAGAGGGGAUCGGAAUAUGCGAGAUAUGGGAUUCUUACACCGUUACUUGGAUGUAUUCUGGACGUUGUGUGUACUAUCAAUCUCUUGUUGACAUAGCGAAGAAAAGGG